CACUGAAGGUCUCGAUUACUUGAAGGAAAUUGGCAUGACAGCCACUUGGUUGUCACCAAUUUUCAAAUCUCCAAUGGCAGACAAUGGCUAUGAUAUUUCCAACUUUACCGAUAUUGAUCCAAUUUUCGGAACAUUGGGUGACUUCGAUCUAAUGAUGAAGAAAGCCAAGGAAAUUGGUAUUAAAAUUAUUCUGGAUUUCGUACCAAAUCACUCAAGUGAUGAAUGUGAAUGGUUCCAAAAGUCUAUCAACCGUGAAGAUGGCUAUGAUGAUUUCUACAUUUGGGCUGAUGGUAAAGAUGAUCCUGAGAAUCCUGGAAAAAAAUUACCUCCAUCCAACUGGGUUAGUGUUUUUGGCGGAUCAAUGUGGACAUGGAACGAAAAACGUCAACAAUUCUACCUUCAUCAAUUCAUGGACCAACAACCUGAUUUCAACUUCAGAAAUCCAAAAGUCCGUGUUGCUAUGUUGGAAGUUUUGAAAUUCUGGCUUGAUCGUGGUGUAGCUGGUUUCAGGAUUGAUGCUGUUCCUCAUAUGUUUGAAAAUAUCAAUGAAGAUGGAACUUUUCCAGAUGAGGACCCAAACAUUCAUGUAGAAACUCAAGAUCAGUACGAAACUGUUGAAUUAUUGUACGAAUGGAGAGCAUUUUUGGAAUCUUACCAAAAACAAAAUGGUGGAGACACAAGAAUCUUGCUGGCUGAAGCUUAUUCAUCACUUGAAAUGCUUGAUAAAUAUUUCGGAAACGGAACACACUUCGGUGCCCAAAUUCCAUUCAACUUUGCUCUUUGGGGUUUGGACAAUACUACAAAUGCCAGAGAUGCUCAAAAAAUGGCUGAUGGUUGGAUGAAUGUUAUGUGGAAGAAGCAUAAGACAGCCAAUUGGGUGACUGGUAACCAUGAUAUGGGAAGAAUUGUCGAUCGUAUUGGACAAAACAAGAAGCAUUUGGCUCAUUUCUUGCUAACUGGAUUGCCCGGUGUUACUAUUACCUACUACGGUGAAGAAAUUGGAAUGUCCAAUGUUAUCACUUGCACAAACUGUACUUACUCAGAAAGUCGUUCCUACUCAAGGUCUCCCUUCCAAUGGACUGACGAAGUAUCAGCUGGAUUCUCUUCAUCCAACGAAACAUGGUUGCCAGUAGCUGAAGAUUAUAAAAUUGUCAAUGUUAAGGAGCAACGAAAACAUCCAAGAAGUACUUUGAAUAUUUUCAAAGCUUUGCAAAAAUUGAAGAAUACACCAGCAUUCAAGGCAUUCAAGGAUAAGAAUGGUUUUAGCUAUAAACCAGUUAACGAUAAUGUUUUCCAAAUUAUUCGUCGUAAUAAACAUGAGGAAUAUCGUUUCUUAAUGAACUUUGGUGACAAAGUUGAAAAAGUUGGUAAACUAAUUUCUUCGUGGUUUAACAAGAACGAAUUGGUGGAAUACACUGUUGUUAGCGAAAAAUCUCACCACCAUAUCGGUGAUAAAGUGAAAUUGGGAAAAGUUACCCUGAUGCCAGUUGAAGGAAUUGUCUUGAAGAGAGUUUACAAACACUAAAGAAAAGUAGUUUGGACUUUUCGAAGC